UUCAUGAUGUUCAGUAGAGGUUGCGUUCCAACUCACAAUAUUCAGAGCAGUUCUGAUCUCACUUAAGAACAUUAACGUUUCGACCAGACUAAGAGUCGGGUGUUAUAGAGAGAUGUUAACUAGUGCUGUCAACUCAUAGUUCUCGAUCUUGAGUCUAAACGUGACAACCACACGGCAUGUAAUGAUUGGAUGCAAGAAGGGUGUCAUUUCCUCAGAGACCAUUUGAGAAAAUUUGGAGAUGGAAAAAUGCGGGAGUAUUUCCAGAGGUACAUCUUUAGAAGAGUCGAUUCAGAAGGAGACUCUAUUGGAUUCAGUGAAAGAAAUGUGGUUAUUGAACGAAAGGGCUUAUGUGAAAAUGCUCGAAGCGAAGGCUUCCCACAAGUCUGCUGUGGCUGCAAUGCAGAAAGUGAAAGCCGCCCUGAAAAGUGCUGACGAGCUGUAUGGUUAUCCAGUCAAUGCAAAUAAUGGACAAGUUUUUUUUCCAGACCUUGUCACUGAUUCUCUUGACCAUGGCAAGUGUUCUGAAAAUAAAGAACAUAUUGAAUUUGAGACUGAUCCCGAGUCUUUGAGCAUAGAUUCCCAUGGGCCCUUACAAAUUGCCCCCGAGAAAUACGAUAAUCCCAACAUGGAUUCAGUUACAAAGUCUCCGAACAAUAGGGAAUUAACAGCAACUCCUGAUACAAAUCGUAAACAUUCCCCGCUCAGUCAUUUAAUAGACACGAUGAUACCCAAGCGCCACAGGUCUAUGAGACCACGAAGAAUCUCCUUUGCUGGGGUUGGAUCACUGCAGACUUCGGAAUCGAAGUCCUCUAUGCUGCCACAUCAUACCACAAACAUACUCAAGAAGCGGAGGUCUGCUAGGAAGAAAAUUUGCUCUAGGUGGAAAUGGGUGUGAAUGCUACACCAAGUUUUUAUGUUGGAGAAAUAGGUUUUGGAUCGAGACAUACACAGGAUGUACAUCAUGAUGGUAAGAUGUCUUUCUUGGUGUGUCUGAACAUAUGGGAAACAUCCAUAUCCUGAAUAUCCCACAUGCCUAUCUGAUUGGGAAAAAACAUCAAAAGCAAGCGGUUUCAACGGUGGGAAGUGUCAUGGUCGUGCAAAGGAAAUAUGUAAUUCUGAUGUGGUUCAAUAAGCCACGUGGGGAGGAAUGAUCUAGAAAAUGUCUCGACGGGAAUUAUUUCGAUAUUACUUUCAACGGGACAGAAUCCCACUAUGUAAGUUGCAGCAUACGAGUAAAGAUUAUGAAAUCAGCUCC